UACGUGUACUCGGUUAACGAAAGUCGGAAGUUCUUUUACGAUUUUACAGCAGUGUGUCUGGCGUCGGGAGGACACAUUUCAGCCAAAAUGAUAACUAAAGUGAUAGGUCAGAAAUAUGUGUCCAUUGCCAAAUCAUGGAUCCCAACACUGGCUGUAUGGGGCACAGCUGGAGGCGUAGCUCUGGUUCAUUUCACAGACUGGCGAAUUAUUUUGGAUUAUGUUCCGUACAUCAACGGCAAAUUCAAGAAGGACGAGUAAUGGCACUCAGGUCUUGGUAUUUUUUUUACACAAAGACUUAACUAAUGAAUAAGAGCUGCUGCAGCCGUACCUUGCACUGUUGUCCACCUGCUUGCCAGGCCACUUGGAAGCCUGUCAUCUUCACCCUGCAGCUCAGACAUCAUUGAACUGUUCGCCACCAACAUCCAACUGAAAUGCGCCAGGAUUUGGCAGUUCAACUUUCCUCCACCUGUGAAAACAUGUACGAAAAGAAAAUGAAAACAGAGAUGAUAAACUGACUUUUCUUUUCUUUUCCUACUUAGUAUGGGGUCAGGUAUUUAUUUUGAUCAUCAGUCUUCUAUGUGCUGUGGAUCAAACCUAAUUCACAAAAUAAAAAUCAGUCCUUCAUGUCAUGCUGUAAUUGUUUUAAGGAGAAGUAAAGUAUGUGAAAUGUA